AUGCCGGAGUUCGAGGUGGGUCGAUUUGUUUCGGGUCGCGCAAUCGUUCGGGUCGUCAUUAGCACUGGAGAUUACGGAGUUCUAUCUUUUACUAAUAUGCCAGCACUGAAAUCUGUCGAAAUUGGAGGCAUAAGAACCGGUGGAUUAUUUCAUUUGAAUUUUCAGAAUGUCCCUUCGCUUAUCUCUUUAAAGAUCGAAAACUAUAACUUUACUUCAUUAUCUCGUAAAUCUUUCCAGAAGUUGACAAAUCUUUCUGAAUUGUAUAUUACGUGGGGUCCUUUAAAACUUUUACACGAAGAUUUGUUUUAUGGUCUUUGCAAUCUUCAAAAAUUGGACUUAAAUGCUAACGGCUUUCAAUCGGUUCCUUCUUCGGUCUUUAGAAAUCUCACCCGAUUGGAGUAUUUGAAUUUGAACAGAAAUAGAAUCAAGUAUUUACCUAGUGACUUGUUGCGAGAUCUUUCUAAAUUAAGAACAUUUUCUAUCGAAUCAAACAAUGAAUUGGAUCGAAUACCCGCUCAAUUUCUGAAAGGACUGCACAAACUGGAGAAAUUUUACGCCUGCAGUUGUUCCUUUUCUUCAAUCGACGAAGUUUUAUUUUCCGAUGCGAGAAACUUGACAAAAGUGUGUUUUGACGAAAAUCAAAUUGCCCAUCUUCCAUCAAAACUGUUCAGAAACAAUAAGAAUCUGGAAUAUAUUUACUUUACGAGUAACGAAAUAUCAACACUUCCGAGAGGAAUUUUCCGCGGACUUUCUAAACUACUUACAAUAAGGCUGGAUAAGAAUCGUUUGAAAAGUCUUCCCCGAGACAUUUUCUCGGGUUUGACGUCAUUGCAGUACGUCGAUUUGUCGCAUAAUAGCAUCACAUUUAUAUCCGAAAAUACCUUGCAGCCGCUGAAUCACUUGAAGUAUCUCGAUCUCUCUCAUAACGCAUUUUCUAACAUUUCUUUUGAAAUUAGCCAGAGCCUGGAUCAUCUGAAGAUGAAAAAUGCAAGUUUGACAGAAUGGCCGCCCAUUAAUUGGACAAGACACGAAUUGACUCACGUCGACCUUUCGGAUAACGACUUCGAAACUGUAAAACUGCCAAUUUACACGCCAAAUUACAUGGGAUUUCGAUUGUCUAACUGCAAUAUAAAAACUAUUUACCUGGAUCACUGGCUUUAUGGGCUGAACAUGCCUUUCUACGAUCUAGAAGAUUUAAAUUGUUACGGAGAAGACAAGAAAGUGCUCGAUGAUAAAGUUUUCUACCCUUUAAGAAGACACUGCCCGGUUAACUGCCAAUGCUUCAAAGAUGAAAAUGUCGUAAAGGUAAACUGUGCCAAAAAGGAGCUAGAAAAUGUUCCCGAAUUCCUCGUCGAUAAUGCUGCUAUUGUGGAUUUGAGUUAUAAUUUCAUUACAGAAAUUUCGAGAAUAGAUUGCGACACGUGGAGGAAUGUGACCCAUUUAGACCUCAGUCACAAUCUCUUAAAGCGUUUAACGGGUUUCGCGUUGCCACCCAGCCUCAAUUUCCUGUCUUUACGCGAAAAUUAUCUAUCAGAACUUCCGGAAACUGUAAUGAAGUUGAUGGACGUUUCCUCCCAAUUUAAGAUUUCCUUAUCGGGAAACAAUUGGAACUGCGACUGCGAUUCACUCUUCACUAAGGACUGGCUAGUCAGAAACGGACAAAAGAUAAUGGAUUUUUCCGAAGUCUUCUGCGGGAGAGAUUCACACAAUUCUUCGUUUACCACUUAUCGCCUUUGUAUUCACGAACGUGAUUGGUUGGCGGGUAGCCCUAUUAGCGAGAACAUCGUGCAUUCUGUACUUAACAGUAGAAGGACGGUGAUAUUGUUGUCUCGACAGUUCCUGGACAGCAUGUGGUUCAGUGUGGAGUUUCGCGUGGCUUACAACAGGAUGAUGGAAGACCAAGCUUAUCGUUUGGUUUUGGUUUUGGUGGAAGAGUUGGAGAAUUCGAAGGAGCUGGAGGACGAUCUUCGUCGUUUGCUUUCGACGAGAACUUACUUGAAGUGGGGAGAGAAAUGGUUCUGGGAAAAGUUGAAAUAUAUUCUUCGCAAACAAUAGUUGAUAAAAGCACUU